UUUUUAGCAGGUCAACUCACCGGUUGCAAGUCAGCACGGAAGUAUAGAACUGGAAAUAGACCUUUGUAACAAAUCAGAAACACCACAUAAGAACAGGACCACAUCGAAAUCAAGCCGUGGUGAUUCACCAUGGACGGUGGCAAGAAAGUGUGGGUGCCACAUACGGCUGAUGGUUUCAAACUAGGACGAAUCACAGACAUAGGAUCAGACAACAUCUCUAUAGAACCCUUUGAUGCCCCAGGGACUACGAUCCACUCUGUGUAUGACCGCGUGUUCCCUGCUGAAGAGUAUGAUAACAAAGAUGUCGCCGACAACUGUGGCCUUAUGUACCUCAAUGAGGCUACACUGCUCCACAACCUCAGGAUCCGCUACAUGAAAAAUAUGAUCUAUACCUACACUGCCAACAUCCUGAUCGCCCUGAAUCCUUACUAUGAGGUACCAGAUCUAUACACCAAUGCCACCAUCCAAAAGUACCAGGGCAAGUCUCUGGGGACCAUGCCCCCUCACGUGUACGCUAUAGCUGACAAGGCUCUAAGAGACAUGAAGGUGACCAAGUUAAGUCAGUCUAUCAUCGUCAGUGGAGAGUCAGGAGCUGGGAAGACAGAGUCUACCAAGUACAUACUCAAGUACCUGACCAUGUCACGAGGGCAGAGCAGUGGACAGAUUGAACAGAGGAUAUUAGAAUCUAAUCCGUUAUUAGAAGCCUUUGGAAAUGCCAAGACCAUGCGGAACAACAACAGUAGUCGAUUUGGAAAAUUUAUAGAGAUCCAUUUCAGUGGCAAGGAUUUGAUGAUGUUGGCUGGAGGAUUUAUUUCCCAUUACCUGUUGGAAAAGUCGAGGAUUUGUGUCCAGAGCUCCAACGAGAGGAAUUACCAUAUCUUCUAUAGAUUGUGUGCUGGUGCCCCAGACGAUCUCUACCAGAAACUCAAACUGGCACCACCAGACCAUUUCCGUUACUUGAAUCGUGGAUGUACACAGUAUUUCUGUGGUCGCCAGUCUGACAAAGCAAUGUCACAGGGCAGGAAGAGUAAGCAGUACCUGAAGGAUGGCAGUCUUUCUGACCCUGUGAUUGAUGACGUACAGAACUUUAAGAUUUGUGAUGAUGCCAUGAAACAUCUGGGUUUCUCAGAUGUGGACCGUUUGUCUGUGUACAAGCUGGUCGCAGGGGUACUCCACCUAGGAAAUAUUGGCUUUGAGGAAAACCAUGAAGAUACAAAAGGUGGUUGUAAAGUUGUGGGUGGGAGUGAGGUCGCACUAGGUGCUGCUGCUGAACUGCUGGCCCUGGACAAGGAAGAGCUAAGGGAAGCUCUAAUGAGCCGUAUCAUGCAGGCUGCCAAAGGAGGGUCAAAGGGCACUAUCAUUAAGGUUCCCCUGAAGGUGGGCGAGGCCUCUAAUGCUAGAGAUGCUUUAGCCAAGUCCAUCUAUUCACGGCUGUUUGACUUCAUUGUGAGCAGCAUCAACAAGUCCAUCCCCUUCAGCUCUUCUGUCAGCUUCAUCGGCUUGCUGGACAUUGCUGGAUUUGAGUAUUUCCAGGUGAACAGCUUUGAGCAGUUUUGUAUUAACUAUUGUAAUGAGAAACUCCAACAAUUCUUCAAUGACAGAAUCCUCAAGGAGGAACAAGUAUUAUAUGAAAAAGAAGGCCUGAAUGUGAAGAAGAUUGAAUGGACAGACAACAAGGAUUGUAUUGAUCUGAUUGAAAUGAAGGGGUGCGGUAUAUUUGACUUGCUGGAUGAGGAAAGUAAACUGCCCCAGCCAAAACCAGACCACUUUACUAUGGAGGUUCACAACCGCAACAAGAAACAUUUCAGACUCAGUCUGCCACGCAAAUCUAAACUGAAAAUGCAUCGUGAUGUCAGAGACGAGGAGGGAUUCCUUAUCCGCCAUUUUGCUGGUGCUGUCUGCUACCACACGGUACAAUUCAUAGAAAAGAACAAUGACGCAAUGCAUGCGUCACUGGAGUUCCUCAUACAAGACAGUAAGAAUGAACUCCUCAAGAAGAUGUUUGAGGGAGUCAAGGUUUCAUCAGGGAAACUCAAUUUCAUCAGUAUCGGCAGCAAGUUCCGUUCCCAGCUGGUUAUCCUAAUGGAGAAACUCAAGGCCACGGGAACCAACUUCAUCCGAUGUAUCAAACCCAAUUUGAAAAUGGUGGAUCACAUGUUUGAGGGUGCCCAGAUUCUUAGCCAGCUCGAGUGUUCAGGAAUGAACUCCGUCUUAGAUCUGAUGCAGCAGGGUUUCCCAUCACGUACUCAGUUCAGCGAACUCUACAACAUGUACAAACGCUAUCUUCCUCCAGAGCUGGCUCGCCUGGAUCCUCGCCUCUUCUGCAAGGCACUGUUCAAAGCUCUUGGACUGGAUGACAAAGACUUCAAGUUUGGACUCACCAAGGUGUUUUUUAGACCUGGGAAGUUUGCUGAGUUUGAUCAGCUGAUGAAAAGUGACCCCGAGAACCUGGCAACCCUGGUGAAGAAGGUGAAACGCUGGCUGAUCUGUUCUCGGUGGAAAAAGGCACAGUGGUGUGCAUUAUCUGCCAUCAAAUUAAAGAACAAGAUCUUAUGGCGUCGUGAGCAGAUCGUCCGUCUCCAGAAGACUGUCAGGAUGUGGAGGGAUGUACGCAAAUUCAAGCCGAAGUAUAAGAUGAUAACCAAGGUGGUAGCCUCACAAGGUCAAAUGACUGAGAUGUCUAAGAUUGUAUCACAGCUCAAGAAAGAUAAAGAUGCUGCAACAAAGCAGGUUGAGAGCAUACAAACAGCCUUUCAUUCCUUCAUUGCCAAGAUCAGGAAGACCGAUAUCAGCCCUGUGGAAAUGGAGAAAACAUAUAACAACUUGCUCACACAGAUGGAUCAAAACACACAAGGUAUACGCAAACUGCUGGAGAAACAGAAAAUCAAGGAAGAGGAAGAUCGGCUUCGCAAGAUACAGGAAGAGAUGGAAAGAGAGAAAAAGAGGAAAGAAGAAGAGGAAAGAAAGAAAAGAGAAGAGGAGGCAGAGAGGAAGCUGAAGGUGGAGAUGGAGGCUAAGAGGAAACGUGAAGAGGAGGAGCAGAAGAAGAAAGCUGAAGCAGACCGUUUGGAACGAGAGAAGAUGAAGACCUUACUGGCCAAGGAGGCAAAUGAGAACAAAGAAAGACAACAACAGCUGGAACAGGAGCACAGAGACAGAGAACUGGCUUUGCGUCUUGCUAUGGAGGACCAGAAUGCUGUGGAGGAUGUGGUGGUACCCCCGCUACAGAGCACUACAAAAGAAAGGUCUGCGGAGGUCCAGGCAGCCCGUACAGCCCUGCUGUCAAAGAAAUAUGACCUGUCCAAAUGGAAGUAUGCCGAUCUACGGGACACCAUCAACACCUCAUGUGAUAUUGAGCUGCUAGAUGCCUGCAGAGCAGAAUUCCAUCGAAGAUUAAAAGUGUACCAUGCCUGGAAGUCGAGGAACAAGAAGACCAAUGACAAUACGCCAGAUGAGCGGGCUCCCAAGGAUUUGGUGGAAAAUGCAGAGGCCAUGGCGGCAGCUACUGGACAAUCGAUUAACCAGAAACCCAACAUCAACACCAAACAGGAUGCUGUCCAGAGGUUUUUCCGUAUACCAUUUGCACGUCCCUCUGACGAUUUCCGUGACAACCCCACAGGGAAGAAACAUGGGAUGUGGUGGGCACACUUUGAUGGUCAAUGGAUUGCAAGACAGAUGGAAAUGUACCCUGAAAAACAGCCGAUAAUCCUGGUAUCAGGUGUGGACGACAUGCAGAUGUGCGAGCUGAGUCUAGAAGAGACAGGAUUAGGACGAAAGAAGGGAGCAGAAAUUCUAGGAAAGGACUUUGAAGCUGAAUGGAUAAAGAAUGGCGGGAAAGAGUAUUUGAAGAAGCAUGCCCAGAAGCUGUCCUCACAAUUCCUGAGGAAACGGCAGGGCCUGUCAAAUUGAGGAAUCGCAUCAUAGAGGCUCAAAUUUUACACUUUAGCUCACUAACUCUUUAAAUGCGUGCUUUACACUUGAUGUUCAAGGAGGGAACCAAUGGAAGUUACUUGGACCAGGGUCAGAAAAUAACAACUACGGAGGUUCCAUGGCCCCAAGGACCAGGCACAGAUGAAAAUUUCUUACGAACUACACUGAAAUGAUCAGUCCUACCAAUGUUGUCUACUGGUGUACAAUAAAACCUGUCUAUAAAGGCCUCUCAAGGGGAAAGAGGAAAAUGACCUUAAUUGGCAGGUACCCUUUGUAAUGAAGUUGAUAUAGUGUUACAUUGGGAAGUGAAACAUGAGGCCUUUAUAGACAGGUUUUGAUUGUAUACAACUCCUUGGUUCUAAUGGGCCUUGGACCAGAUUUGGGGUUGGAAAUAUAGUCAUCUUAGUGUUUAUGGUCCCCAGGACUGGAUAAUUAGGUCGGCGAUGUAACCAGUUCUGUAGAUGUAUGGUCCCCAGGACUGGAUUAUUAGGUCGGCGAUGUAACCAGCUCUGUAGAUGUAUGGUCCCCAGGACUUGAUUAUUAGGUCGGCGAUGUAACCAGUUCUGUAGAUGUACGGUCCCCAGGACUGGAUUAUUAGGUCGGCGAUGUAACCAGCUCUGUAGAUGUAUGGUCCCCAGGACUUGAUUAUUAGGUCGGCGAUGUAACCAGUUCUGUAGAUGUACGGUCCCCAGGACUGGAUUAUUAGGUCGGCGAUGUAACCAGUUCUGUAGAUGUACGGUCCCCAGGACUGGAUUAUUAGGUCGGCGAUGUAACCAGUUCUGUAGAUGUACGGUCCCCAGGACUGGAUUAUUAGGUCGGCGAUGUAACCAGUUCUGUAGAUGUACGGUCCCCAGGACUGGAUUAUUAGGUCGGCGAUGUAACCAGUUCUGUAGAUGUACGGUCCCCAGGACUGGAUUAUUAGGUCGGCGAUGUAACCAGUUCUGUAGAUGUACGGUCCCCAGGACUGGAUUAUUAGGUCGGCGAUGUAACCAGUUCUGUAGCUGUACGGUCCCCAGGACUGGAUUAUUAGGUCGGCGAUGUAACCAGUUCUGUAGAUGUACGGUCCCCAGGACUGGAUUAUUAGGUCGGCGAUGUAACCAGUUCUGUAGAUGUACGGUCCCCAGGACUGGAUUAUUAGGUCGGUGAUGUAACCAGUUCUGUAGAUGUACGGUCCCCAGGACUGGAUUAUUAGGUCGGCGAUGUAACCAGUUCUGUAGAUGUACGGUCCCCAGGACUGGAUUAUUAGGUCGGCGAUGUAACCAGUUCUGUAGAUGUACGGUCCCCAGGACUGGAUUAUUAGGUCGGCGAGGUAACCAGUUCUGUAGAUGUAUGGUCCCCAGGACUUGAUUAUUAGGUCGGCGAUGUAACCAGUUCUGUAGAUGUACUGUCCCCAGGACUGGAUUAUUAGGUCGGCGAUGUAACCAGCUCUGUAGAUGUACGGUCCCCAGGACUGGAUUAUUAGGUCGGCGAUGUAACCAGCUCUGUAGAUGUACGGUCCCCAGGACUGGAUUAUUAGGUCGGCGAUGUAACCAGCUCUGUAGAGCUGUGUCCAGAUCAGACAAGCUACUACAUCUUGGUAGACCCUGGUGCUUAAGAGCAGCCAACUUAACAAACUAUUUAUUUUUAUGCUUAUUUUCUGCAGAGAUCGUGUAGGUUUUAUGUUGUAGUAUAACUGUUGUAGUCUUACUUGGGUUAUCCAAAGAAAUCCGAACACAUAAGAUAUCUUUGUCUCUUUGAUAGAUGGUACAGCAUUCCAAAGGAAAUAUUCUCUAAGGAUAAAAUAUAGUGACAUAUACAUAUAUAUAUACUAAAGCUUUUGUACAAGGGAGAAUAGGUAAACUCAUUCUUAGAGUGUUUGGACUUGUAUCUGAGAUAGACCGUCACUUGUCUGGACUGACAUCUGAGAUAGACCGUCAUGUGUCUGGACUGACAUCUGAGAUACGCCGUCACGUGUCUGGACUGACAUCUGAGAUACGCCGUCACGUGUCUGGACUGACAUCUGAGAUACGCCGUCACGUGUCUGGACUGACAUCUGAGAUACGCCGUCACGUGUCUGGACUGACAUCUGAGAUACGCCGUCACGUGUCUGGACUGACAUCUGAGAUACACAGUCACGUGUUUGGACUGACAUCUGAGAUACACCAUCAAGUGUCUGGACUGACAUCUGAGAUACACCGUCACGUGUCUGGACUGACAUCUGAGAUACGCCAUCAUGUGUCUGGACUGACAUCUGAGAUACACCAUCAUGUGUCUGGACUGACAUCUGAGAUACACCGUCACGUGUCUGGACUGACAUCUGAGAUACACCGUCACGUGUCUGGACUGACAUCUGAGAUACACCGUCACGUGUCUGGACUGACAUCUGAGAUACACCAUCAUGUGUCUGGACUGACAUCUGAGAUACACCAUCAUGUGUCUGGACUGACAUCUGAGAUACACCGUCACGUGUCUGGACUGACAUCUGAGAUAGACCGUCACGUGUCUGGACUGACAUCUGAGAUAGACCGUCAUGUGUCUGACAUGUAUUGUUAAGAUAUUGAGGCAACCCUUUACUUUAGUUAAGGAGAGUUUUUUUAUAACUGGUGAGGGUGGGUUUUUUUGUUCUGUAUCUGUUUUUCUUUGUAACUUGAGUUACUGUGAGUAACUGAGUUACUUGUAAUACACAAUGUAUUUUGUUAAGAAGAUUUAAAGCUUUAAAGCUAUUUUUCAUUUUCCUAUAACUAUGUCUUUACAGAGAAUUUAUAUUUUAGUGAGAGAAUGAAAGAAAUGGGCUGUGCUAAUUUAUUAUUAUUUUUGAAGAAUCAAUUGUUGUUCAUAGACAUUUUACAAUUUUAUCUUGACUCGAAUGUUACAGUUAGAUAUAUUGUUAAAGUUUGGAAUAUGUUUGUUGUUCAGUACGAUUCCUGUCAAGGUUAUUGUUAACUACUAAAUUGUUUGGAGCUAUUAUACAUAACUACUGGCCUUGAAACUCUGUUGGUUAUGUCAUUUAACUACUCGACAGAGACAUUCUACUGGCCCUUCAGACUGACCGAUAAAUUCUACUGGCCCUUCAGACUGACCGAUAAAUUCUACUGGCCCUUCAGACCAGCCAUGACAUUCUGAUGUCCCUUCAGACCAACCGAGACAUUCUAAUGUCCCUUCAGACCAACAGAGACAUUCUAAUGUCCCUUCAGACCAACAGAGACAUUCUAAUGUCCCUUCAGACCAACUGAGACAUUCUAAUGUACCUUCAAACCAACAGAGACAUUCUAAUGUCCCUUCAGACCAACCGAGACAUUCUAAUGUCCCUUCAGACCAACAGAGACAUUCUAAUGUCCCUUAAGACCAACCGAGACAUUCUAAUGUCCCUUCAGACCAACAGAGACAUUCUAAUGUACCUUCGGACCAACAGAGACAUUCUAAUGUACCUUCAGACUAACAGAGACAUUCUAAUGUCCCUUCAGACCAACCGAGACAUUCUAAUGUCCCUUCAGACCAACAGAGACAUUCUAAUGUCCCUUCAGACCAACAGAGACAUUCUAAUGUCCCUUCAGACUAACUGAGACAUUCUAAUGUACCUUCAGACCAACAGAGACAUUCUAAUGUCCCUUCAGACCAACCGAGACAUUCUAAUGUCCCUUCAGACCAACAGAGACAUUCUAAUGUCCCUUAAGACCAACCGAGACAUUCUAAUGUACCUUCAGACCAACAGAGGCAUUCUAAUUUAAUGUCCCUUCAGACCAACAGAGACAUUCUAAUGUACCUUCGGACCAACAGAGACAUUCUAAUGUACCUUCAGACUAACAGAGACAUUCUAAUGUCCCUUCAGACCAACAGAGACGUUCUAAUGUCCCUCCAGACUAGCGGAGACAUUCUAAUGUCCCUUCACACCAACUGAGACAUUCUAAUGUCCCUUCAGACCAAACGAGACAUUCUAAUGUCCCUUCAGACCAACAGAGACAUUCUAAUGUCCCUUCAGACCAAACGAGACAUUCUAAUAUACCUUCAGACCAAACAAGACAUUCUUAUGUCCCUCCAGACUAGCGGAGACAUUCUAAUGUCCCUUCAGACCAACAGGGACAUUCUAAUGUCCCUUCAGACCAACUGAGACAUUCUAAUGUCCCUUCAGACCAACAGAGACAUUCUAAUGUCCCUUUAGACCAACAGAGACAUUCUAAUGUCCCUUCAGACCAAACGAGACAUUCUAAUGUCCCUUCAGACCAACCGAGGCAUUCUAAUGUCCCUUCAGACCAACAGAGACAUUCUAAUGUCCCUUCAGACCAACCGAGACAUUCUAAUGUCCCUUCACACCAACUGAGACAUUCUAAUGUCCCUUCAGACCAACCGAGACAUUCUAAUGUCCCUUCAGACCAACCGAGACAUUCUAAUGUCCCUUCAGACCAACAGGGACAUUCUUAUGUGUCCCUUCAGACCAACAGAGACAUUCUAAUGUCCCUCCAGACUAGCGGAGACAUUCUACUGGCCCUUGCCCCCAUAGAAUUUGGACAUUUCCUUACUGGUCAAAUCUUUUAGACAACAUUCUAUUGACCAGGACUUCAGACAUGUCCAUACAAAGAAAUAUUUCGGACAUAACUCAGUAUUGCAAGUGUGUAGACAAAACUCGACUGUCUGCUGUGGAAAUGUUAUGUAGUGACCGAGACUUUAGACAUGGCCCUAUCAUACAUGUAAACAAAGAUUUCAGACAUUUCCUUAGAAGUCAAGUCUGUAGACAAAACAAUUUACGUUCUACAACAGUGAUGUAACAGAUGUGUUACAUCACAACAUAAAAGUGCCCAACAGCAAAGUGUUUGUUUUUGAAAAAAAUACUGAAAUUUGAGUGAAUUUUGGAGUUUAGUUGUGACUUUUCCUCUGGCCCUUUCUUUAAUCCUGAUGGCCAAGUCUUCAGACAAAACUUGGGUCAGUGUUUAUGCUGGCAUCAAGUUAUGUAGUGUGUGAUUCUUUAGUACUUACAGAGAAAACCAUGUCUCGUAGUUUAGAUUGCAGUAAAGAUUCCUCCAGUGUAUAAUUUGUUAUAUUUUGUUACACAUAUCAGAAAGAGGAUGAUCUUUUUAACAAAGAAAUUAAAUUGCACUGAAGUGAUUGAAUUUGUGUUUUUACAAACAUAAAUGAGAAAUGCAUGAAUUUUUCCACCGUCCAUCAAGACUUACAUUAAAAAGUGCCUCAAAAGAAAUUCUGUCCAGGUGUCGUGUAAUCCUUUGUACAUGUAAGAUCUGUAUUUUUUAGCUGUACAUUUAACAUAUCCUCUAUAACUGUCUCAUACCCAAGGUCAUGACCCCAGACAUCACACCCAAUUGACAGGCAUUGUUGGAUGACUAGGCUCAAUGGAGCCAGUUACAUAUAGAGUUAAAAUUAUUGGCAUCAAAUAAAACCAUUUCAGUUUUGGAUUAUUCUGGUACAAGUGAGAAAUUGUAAGAUAUAUUUGAUAUGUUGGAUGAUGAAUGUUAAUGGAUUCUAGUUAAUAGGUCCACUUGCUGUGUUGUUUUUUAUGGUUGUGAAAUUGUUUACUUAAAAGGUAUCAUGUUGUUACUGGUGUGUAAUGCAGGUUUUGAUAAAAAAUGACAAAGAUUUGGUGUAAUGUUAACAUAUGUGAUACCACUCGUUAUGGCUAGCCAGUUUUGGUGUAAUGUUUACAUGUGAUACCACUCAUUAUGGCUAGCCAGUUUUGGUGUAAUGUUUACAUGUGAUACCACUCGUUAUGGCUAGUUCCUACAAACAGUAGAGGUAAAUGCUGCAUACAAACAUGGUGACAUGUUUAUCAUUCUCCAAAUUCAAGGGUUUAGUCCUCAAAAGUCAUCGCUUCAGACAGUGUACACGAAGUCACCUCUUCAGAGUGCGUACAGCCUACACGAAGUCAUCCCCUCAGGGAGGACACAACCCCUGGACUUUUGAGGAUGCCCAGUACUGGUCAUCUUGUUCUGGUUGUUAAUUGUCAGCUAUUUUCAUUACACAUCCCCAGCUGAUAUUGUAGCUUCACAAAAGCUGUACUGAUUCUGUAAGACUUUAAAGAAACACUGAAUUUGAAUUGUUCUGUUGAGGUUUUCAUAAAAAUAAUUUUAAGAACAGAAAACAAAGUAAUGUAUCAUUGAGAUAUCAAUAACUAAUAUGGGGAAUAGUAAAAAUAUCUGUAUUUUUGUUUUUAUUUGUAUAUAGGAACACUGCUAAUUUUUAAUGGCUGGGUUUUGCACUGUUUGGUUAAAUCCUAUAUUUGACCCUUAUUAAAUUAUCAGGAUGUACCAUUAUAAUACCACACAUAGCACAAUGUGAUCGGGCUCGCAGACAAUAGUGAUCAGGCUCGCAGACAAUAGUGAUCAGGCUCGCAGACAAUAGUGAUCAGGCUCGCAGACAAUAGUGAUCAGGCUCGCAGACAAUAGUGAUCAUAUAUACAACAAACUCAAGUCACAACACCAACGUGUGCAGUAUCACAUGUUAUCAGUGAAAUUUAAACAAGAUUGUCUUGGGAACAAUUUUAAAAUGUUUGUUGUUGAGAUUGUGGACCACACUUUAUUAUUGUAACACAUUGUAGUCUGAUGGAAUAUUGUUCAGCAAAGAAUAAAUGUGCAUAUGUCA